CUUUUAAGUAGUCCCUUUCCCAAAUGAAAGCUGUCUGUAAUGAUAACGUGUGUCUCUCAUCACAGAUUAUUCAAAGCCUCAUGAGGCUUUGAAGAACAAAGAGGCGGCCACAAAAUGAGCAGCGGGCAAAAGUUUAUUAGAAUGUAAGAUCAGAAAGGAGAAUAGUAGGAAAGCUCUCUUUACAGACAGGCGACGUUCGAAAGUGUGUGAGGACUAGAGGCCAGGGUCCUUGUUUUGUAAGGUUCUGGUCAGCCCUCCCCCCGUUCUUCCCCCUGGUUCCUUCUCAGAUUCUUCCCUCAUUGGCCUGAUAGCUCUAGGUGCUGGGGUGUCCCUUCCUGAUUGGCUCUCAUUGUACGCGGGGUGGUCCAUGGCCAUACUUAGGUCUUUGGUCAAAUUCCUGAGGGAAACCUAAGGGGGAGUAGGUGGGGUCUGUUCCAUUCUUAAGAGGAACCUUACUCCUGAGGGGGCUUGCUGUGGUCAGACACUCCCAGCAUUGUUCCAAAACAGGUGUUUUUCCCCUGGGACCUCAGGUCCUAGUCUUUCCCUCUCGGCCUACCGAAUCCUGUCUCCUCCUGUCAUGCUAAGACACAAAAACUUACACUAGCUGUGUCCCUGUGGUCAGGCUUUCACUAGACUUUGCUUCAGUAACAAUCAGUUCCAAGAAUCCCGUGGCUUAGGCUACAAGAGAUUUUUUUCUCACCCCUGUUGCAAGUUAGCCUUGGCUCAGCUGUAGCUGUAGCGCAGCCACUGGUGUCUCCCUUCUCCGAUUCUCCAGAAGAAGGAGCUGCCCCAUCUGAGACCCACCAGAGACCCUACCAGGAGUCCGCCGGCUGCCUCUGUUCGGGCAGGAGUCACUGAGGCUCACACUCCAUUGGCUAAUGCAGUCACAUGACCGCACCUGACACAAAAGGAUGGAAACAGAGUCUCCAUUUCCUACUCCCAGGGACAGACCCAGGGAAAGAUUCGUUCUCGACGGACCCAGUCGAAAGGGACAGCACAUAACUGGAAGCCACAAUCAGCUACAACAACCAGUAGUCAACCACAGCUUUGUCGAUUAGGAUCCAAGUUCUUAUCCUCAAAAUAUAGAUCGAGACAGAGGAAACUCGGUGCAAAUUUCCCAUAGUCUCAACCGCCACUGCCCUUCAGAUCCUUCAGAUUCUUAUGGAGGAGAAAGACCAAUCAUUCUUCCUAAUCGUGCUCAGUUCUCAAGGGCCUGAGGGGAAAAAUGGGCUUUCAGAAUGAAGAGUCAUCUUAUCUGCCGGGGGGCAGAUAAGAACCAAAGAGCCACCCGUUGGGAUCUGCUGGGAGUCAACUUUGUCCACCUUCUUCUAUCUCGGUAGACAUGUCCAUUGCUGAGACCGCCUGGGAAAAGCCAUGUGUGUCCUCAGCUGACAUGGAUGGAGUUGAGAACGGCGAGUCCUAGGCUGCUUUGGAGAGCGGGGAAGAAUAUGGCAUGAGGCCAAAGCCAAAGGUCCCAGCACAUGAAUUCGAGUGGCCACAGUCACAGGAUCCAAAGAGAGGAUAGCCAAGCCUCACUGAUUUUAUUUUCAAUUAUUUUUAAACCUUUUGAGUUCAGUGAACCCCAAGCACAUUCUUGUCGAGCAUGUCUUUUUCUACUUACUAGUUAAAACCGUGGUUCCUUAAAGUGAAAUUUAAUCCAGGUAUUUUGGAUUCAUAGUGAGGAGACAGAUCAUCCAAGAAAUGUUUUGUUGGAAAUAUUUGAUAUCCAAGAAAGCUUUCAAAGCAACUUUUCCUAUAAACAGGAACCUGUUUUGAUAGAACUUAAGGUCAGGUCCCCUCAAAUCGCAGUUUUCGUCUGGAAAUCCAAAGUUAUGGUUUGAUUUGGGGCCCAUUCCCCUUGAAGGUAUGCGACAUCACUUGAGUUGUGGUUGAGGGAUCCCUGCUGCCUCCCUGUUUUGUUAUCAGCUGCUUUUCUGUGGCUGAAAAUCAGCUCUUUUUCUGCCCACCAGGGAAUACAGAAUGAAGUAUCAGGACGGACAAAUUGAAAACUCUCAAAGUUGGACUCAACGGAGUGCUAAGUUUUUAGAAGGAAUCAGUGGUGGGCUACGUAGGAGGGGGAAAAUCAUUCCUUCAUGCUUUAAAAAAUCAGUACUUAUCACCGGCCCACGAGGUGGAUGGCACUCAUCUACAAGCACGGGGGAGACUGGACAUCUCUGGAAACUAACAACCUGAUGUUCUCCGCGCCUGUGUGCAAGUGUUAUUUUAGAACGGUCAGGGAGAGUGAGGGGAUAAGGGUCUUCAUCAAGGAGGGAAAAGCCGUCUCUCUCACUCCACCCGCAUAUUGCAGUGUGGUCGUUUUCAACUGUGAGCUCCUGGAACAGCAGCGUCACCUGGGAGAUAGUUGGAUGCACGGAUUCUCGGGCUCCAUCCCAAAGCUACUGAAACCGGAAACUCUGACCCCUCCAGGUGAUUCUGACGCAGCUAAAGCUGGAGCACUUUCUUCAAGGUGGCAGAGAGGGCAGGCACGGGAGCUUCACGGGGGCACUACUGCCUCAUGUCAGCUGUUGGGAACGUGGAAAACAAACGCCACACACCAUAAGCAAUAAAUGACUUCAUUCCAUGUGUGCAUUAUUGGCUUGAAGUAGAGAGGGAUGUUGACCUCUCCGUUCAGUAGUUUCAAGGACUACACUUUAUAAAGAUAUCACCUUGCUAAGAUUACGUUCCCAGCCCACAUGUCGGAACAAGAUAAUGAAAACCGGAGAAAUACAUACAAUUUCCAGAGACUAAAGAAGACUCUAAUGGCAGAAGCAGCAUCCCCUGGUAGCCAGGUGGGCGAAGGGGAGCGGGCACCUUCCACCUGCCUCGAAGAAGACGCCUUCUGACCUGCUGAGGGAGUGACCAGGUGGUCCCAAGAGCCUGACAAUGGACGCCGUUCACCUCAGCAUGUCCAGCGCUUCCCUCGUGAGGCAGCCUUCAGGAGGUGGACUCAAGACCAACAGGCCCCGAGUCAUGUCCAAGAGUGGGCACAGCAAUGUGCGAAUUGACAAAGUGGAUGGCAUAUACUUACUCUACCUUCAAGACUUGUGGACCACCGUCAUCGACAUGAAGUGGAGAUACAAGCUCACCCUGUUUGCCGCCACAUUCGUGAUGACGUGGUUCCUUUUUGGAGUGAUCUACUACGCCAUCGCGUUCAUUCAUGGGGACUUAGAGCCGAGCGAGGACGUUUCGAAUCACACCCCCUGCAUCAUGAAGGUGGACUCUCUCACUGGGGCGUUUCUCUUUUCCCUGGAAUCCCAGACGACCAUUGGCUACGGAGUCCGUUCCAUCACGGAGGAAUGCCCUCAUGCCAUUUUCCUGUUGGUCGCUCAGCUGGUCAUCACAACCUUGAUUGAGAUCUUCAUCACAGGCACCUUCCUGGCCAAGAUUGCCAGACCCAAAAAGCGGGCGGAGACCAUCAAGUUUAGCCACUGCGCGGUCAUCACCAAGCAGAACGGGAAGCUGUGUUUGGUGAUCCAGGUGGCCAACAUGAGGAAGAGCCUCCUGAUCCAAUGCCAGCUCUCUGGCAAGCUCCUGCAGACCCAUGUCACCAAGGAGGGGGAGCGGAUCCUGCUCAACCAAGCCACCGUCAAAUUCCACGUGGACUCCUCUUCGGAGAGCCCCUUCCUCAUUUUGCCCAUGACAUUCUACCACGUGCUGGAUGAGACGAGCCCCCUGAGAGACCUCACGCCCCAAAACCUGAAGGAAAAGGAGUUUGAGCUCGUCGUCCUCCUCAAUGCCACCGUGGAAUCCACCAGCGCGGUCUGCCAGAGCCGCACGUCUUAUAUCCCAGAGGAGAUCUACUGGGGCUUUGAAUUUGUGCCUGUAGUUUCUCUCUCCAAGAACGGAAAGUACGUGGCUGAUUUCAGUCAGUUCGAACAGAUCCGAAAGAGCCCAGAUUGCACCUUUUACUGUGCGGAUUCUGAGAAGCAGAAACUUGAGGAGAAGUACAGGCAGGAGGAGCAGAGGGAAAGGGAGCUGAGAACUCUUUUGUUACAACAGAGCAACGUCUGAUGUCAGUGAACGCCCCGGGUUGAGCCCUGGGAGCCCUUUCCGCGUCCAAGCUCCCUUAGAAUGCAGAGGUCACCGUGAAAACGUGAAGGUGUGGAUUCACCCUAAAAAGCUGCACACACAUACAAAAUCACCCCCCGCCCCUUGGAUCUAGUGCCUAAGCAAUCAUCGCCACGUUUGAGGAGUUCCUUUUCCAAUGCUUUGUCUGCAGCGAUCUCUCAAAAUUCGUAUUUCCUAAAAUGGGGCUACAUUUCCACAAACUUGGUGUAGGGCAAUUGAAAUAAUGUCCUGCCGGGUGGACAGACAGUUAGCAAUGCUGGUAUUGAAAGGAAGUGCAUUUCUACACAGGAUAUCAGCCAUCAUAUAAGGUAUUUAUUCAAAACAAUUAUCAAAGACGUUAUGGCCGAGAGUUGAAAUGUGGUUCGGUAUUCCUUUAUACCGUUGCUUUAAAGCACCCUCUUCAAGGAGAGAAAAUGCUAUAUAUACAAUGGAAGCUACUGGUAAUACAUAAAAAGGGGCAAGGGACUCUGUGCUCACAAAAAUCAUAGUUCCGUUUUUGCCUUGCUUCGUUGGAUUGAAUUGUAGGAGUGAAAUUGAUCAAACCAGGGGUAAACAGUUGAGAAAACAUACACAAAUGGACUUGAUGCUAUUAAGUUUUUGGUCGGAAUGUACUGCUAUUUUCUAUUCAACACCAGCAACAUCAGCACCAUCUGGGAGCUUAUUAGCAAUAUAGGCUCUCAGGCCCCAUCCGGACUUAGAGAAUCAGAGGCUGUCCCUUAACAAGACCUCCAAGUGAUUUGUAUACAAACGAAAGUCUGAAAAACGUCCACUCUGAAAGUUUUCAAGGGAACUUUCUGAAGCCACGGGACCCCAUGGGUCCCAAACCCAUUUGGCCCCCGGACCCAUCCUUCUUUCUUCAACUUGUUAUCAUGGGCCAAUAUUUUUGUCAACCGUCUACCUUCCUCAUCUGCAAAGGAAGUGCCACUGAUAUUCCAAGAUUGAAAAAAUUACUUGAGAGGAACGGCUGUCAUGCUAAAGCACAUGCUUGUUGACUCUAGUUAGCACAAAAGAAAAUGAAGCCACAUUACAAUCAGAAACUUGCUCAGAUGUUGAAGUCCACAGGGUUGGAUGGGGCCAUGAAGAACACAAGGGGUGAGGAUAAUGAAUUCGUAUACAGAUGACUCCUUGGGGCAUGAACUUUGGUAAUCUUAUAACGUGUAAAGAAUGCCUCCAGCAUUUAAAUAAAUCUCAUGCAACUGAGUCUUACAGGGGUAACAUUUUGCUCUUGGCAGAAUCUAGGGGCCAGGAACCACAUUUCUUUGGGGCAAAGAAUAUAUGUGGGGCCGGGACUAGCUAAAUGUGCCACAGGUGAAUUCACAUUUCAUUCAAACUGGGGUCAAUUUGUGUAUUCCCUCAAGAAGAAUGUGACUGUAAGCGGGGAGGCACUGUGUGGACAUACACACGAGCCCACAUAUAUGUACACACACGGACACACACAUGCACGCACGCACGCACGUCCUGGCUCUUCAAGCAUAAUUGUGGAAACGAUCAAUGAAAGAUGUUUGCAAUGAAGAGAGCCAGUCCUCAACAAAUAUGCUCAUAGAUGUUUUCUUCUAUAAAGAUGGGGACAUUGGGGCUCCGAAGAAAAAGGGAAAGCAAUCUGGAUUCGGGUUAUCGGGGAAAUGACAACACGGAUUACAGCAAAUCCGGCCCUAUCUUCAGGCUACCACACUUUCAAUAGUCCUUCCACGUAAGAGAAGAUGUGGCUCACACAUCUGACUGGGGGCUGAACACUUAAUGCAGAUGUAAGAAUAACAGGGGUAAAGUUAGAGAUAGAGGGGGUUUAAAGAACAAUCUCAAUGUACAAGAGGCUUUUCUUUUAUUAUUCAGGAAUUGUUUUUUCUCUUUCUGUUGAUAAUUUAAUGGCAGAUUGUUUUAGAUCUUUAUUCUCUUAACGAAAUUGCAUAUACAGACAUUAGCCCUUUUGGUUAUUUUAUGUUUUUUUUUUAUUGUAUAUUGUGGUGUAAUCGACAGGAAAAUAAUGCCACGGGCGUGUUUACAGGUUUUCUAUUGCACUAUUAAAUUCUCUUCAUGGUAUUUACAUCAGUGCUAAUUUAAAUGUGAUUAAGGUGAGGAAUCCUGCAUACUUGCGUAGUAUUUGGUAUAUUGAUGGAGCAUGAGGUGGAGAAAUCUUUUGUGUGUCCAUUGAGCUUAUCUAUUUCAGCCAAAUCUGGAAGACUUGGUCAUCUGAUCUUUUGCACUACCCGAAGCAGCAUCCCCAAAGCCAAUACUUGUUCAAGUUGAUAAAUCAUAUAGUAAUACGAUAUUUUGUAAAUAGUUCUAUACUUAUAUCUGGUUGAAACUUAGCAUUUCCCAAGCACACUUACUUAUUAUUACUUGGUGCACAGCACUCUGGUGUUAACAAACUAACCAAAGAUGUAGGUGGCAAACUUAUUUGAUUAUAUCUGGAUGGUCUUUUGACUGAAACAGAUUCAUGCUCAACACCCAACUGAGAAGAAAUCGAGCUAAUGCAACGUUUUUGACCCAAAAAGCCUUCUGCAUUUUGGAACAUGUCCAAUGCAUCAGGCCUUCUCGGUGAGACCAUUCCAAACUGUCACGUUCCCUUUGAAAAAUCACAAAGCCAAUAGCGGCAAAUCAGUGUAAUCUGAUUUAUUUCAGUAAGAAAAUAUAUUGUACUUGCUUGGUACCUGGUAGCCAAUGGUCCCAGACAGCAGAGCCGAGAUUCACUCACUGACCCUCCUCAGAAGCCACUUUUGGAGACGGGGUAGAGACACACAUUGGUUUGCUUUCCCAUUCAGGGGGAAAUCACAGCACCAGAUGAGACUCCAGAAAUCUAAAAUAACUGGCUAAAAGUGAAAAAUGCCAUGAAUAAGGGGAUCGGGUAUUGAGAUGAAAUUAAACGAUGAUUCAUUUGCUUUUUCUUUAAAUUUUCAAUUUUAAUUGAUGGCGAUUUUGAUGCCAUUAAAUGCAAAUUAAGAAAUAUUUAAAAAGUGACACUUCUACUCCUGUAUUAUUCUUUUGUCCUUGCCUGGAUCCUUUGAACUUAUGUCAUCUGGAGAAAGAAGGAAAGAGAGACAAAAAACAUAGAAGACCCUAGGUCUUUGCUUUGGUAGCUCAGUCAAAGGUCAUCAUCCUCAGGCUUGGGUUUGUCACUGUGGUCAAAGUGUUGACAUUUGACCGUGUGGUUGACAGUCUUGGUUUUCACUCUUGUCAGACUUUUUUCUUUGCCUGUUAACUAUUUGAAACAUGUAUUUUGAAUGAAGGUUAUUUUAUCAAAGUUUUCUGGGAUGGUGUUUUUUAAAAUGAAAUGUUAGCAUUUCGAGUCUCGAUUUCCAUGUUCUGUGGUGUGCACUUGAAUUGCAGCAUUUGACUUUGGAUACAGUCAAGAUGCACUUCAUUUUCUUCCUCCUGGAAGACACACUUGAAAGACUAAAGUUUGACAUCUCACACUCCUCCUUGAUUAUUUGCAUUUAACCCUCUGUGAACUUCAGUUUAUCUUGAAUCAGAAUGCGUUGCCCACCCCAACUUGGGCCUGCGGGCAGUGAUUUUCCUAGCCUUUAAGAGACACUGAUGAAUGAAGUCCAACUCUUUCCUGAAGCUUUCCGCUAAAUACUUACUGAAGAAGAAACAGAAGGCGGAAAUGAGGAGUUAGCCACUUGACUUCAUCUUCCUCCUCUGUCAGUUCUGCUGAGCUCAGUUUGCUUUCCACUUAAUGUGUGCUUCACUGGCUGUUUUUCAUCUUUGCUAUCUACUCUAUCAAGUCAACUUAUUCUGUGGGUUAAAAAGAAUUGAUUCGGGAGGCACCGGGGUGGCUCAGUCAGUUGAGCAUCUGACUUCGGCUCAGGUCAUGAUCUCAGUUCGUGAGUUCAAACCCUGCAUACGGCUCCGUGCUGACAUCUUGGAGCCUGGAGCCUGUUUCAGGUUCUCUGUCUCCUCUCUCUCUGCCCCCUCCCCUGCUCACGCUCUGUCUCUGUUUCUCUCUCUCAAAAAUAAACAUUAAAAAAAUUUUUGUUAAUAAUUGAUUCAAAUUAGUAAUUUGUGAACAUUUAGAUGGCCAAAAUUUGGGAACACGAAUUUUUAUUUUUCUGUUGGCAUUUGCUGGUGUAUAAAAAAUAGAAGACUGGGAUGCCUGGGGGACUCAGUUAAGCGUCUGACCCUCGGUUUCAGCUUAGGUCAUGAUCUCAUGGUUUUAUGAGUUCAAGCCCCACGUCGCGCUCUGUGCUGGCGGUGUGGCGACUGCUUGGGACUCUCUCUCUCCCUCGCUCUUUACCCCUCCCCCACUCAGCUGUCUCUUUCUGUCUCAAAAUAAAUAAAUAAAACUUAAAAAAAAAUAGAAGACCAAGGAACAGCUGAUAAUUGCAGUUGAUAGUUAAUUCCUAAUUAAAUUACAAUAAUUGAUUGUGGAAGUCAAUGGACAUAAUUGAUAUAGGAGUACAAAAGCCAAAGAUAUCUUAUGGAUAGGUAAAUGCCAUAGAACUCUGAGUAGUAAUAAUCAUACCAGAGUGAGGAAUGCUAGGCAUGCUGUGUCUACAGAACAUGUCUUGUAUUUAAUGAUUUCUUUUUUUGUCCUACAUCCUGCAUGGACUUUAUUAAGAAGCUCUAAGUGUUCAGGGGCACCUGGGUAGCUCAGUCACUUAAGCAUCUGACUCUUGAUUUCCAUUCAGGUCGUGGUCUCAAAGUACAUGCGUUCAAGCCCCAAAUGCGGCUCUGUGCUGACAGCCCAGA